AUGAGAUGCAGAGGAGUGCGGUGCUGUGGGAAGGAUUUCGAGUUUCUGCCAUGCAUUCCACGUUUCUCUGUCCCGUUCCCGUGCAGCCAGCGCUCUCUGUCCUCUCUUACCCCUCCCUCGCCCUUCUCCCCCCUCUUCCCGUUCCGCCCUGCCCCCACCGUGCCCCUCCGAUCGCCAUCCUCCCCUCGCGCCCCUCCGUGCGGGCAGUGCGGCGUGCUGGCGGGGCUGAUCCGCCGCCUCAGGGACACGCACCCGCACCUCGUGCCGCAGGUCAUCAUGGUGGAUGGAAAUGGCAUCUUCCAUCCGCAGGGAUUUGGGCUGGCGUGUCAGCUGGGCGUGCAGGCAGACAUCCCCACCAUUGGCGUGGCUAAGAACAUGUAUUACAUGGAUGGCAUGACGGAUGAGCACGUGGGCGGCUUGAAGCAGCAGCAUCUGCACCAGCCGGGUGACUGGGCAUUGCUCACAGGCGCUAGCGGUGCCACGCAUGCCGCCCUGGUGCGGGGGGGCCCAGGCAGUCACGACCCGGUGUUUGUGUCGGUGGGCCAUCGAAUCUCUCUCACAACAGCAGUGGCCAUCACACAGCGCUGCUGCAAGCACCGUGUGCCCGAGCCCGUGCGCCUGGCUGACGGGCUGUCCAGAGCCGAGCUGCGGGGGGUGACGGUGGUGGAAACAGUGGGUGGAGAGAACAGCGGAGCUUCGGUGGAGCAGAGAAGCUCUGGAGAAAGCUAG